UCUGUUAUUCUAGCUCAAGUACUUGCCGAAACAUUUAAUGGGAAUUUAGAAUUGGACUAACAAUGGCCAAAUCUCCCACUUCUUCAGCACAGACCAUCUUUCGCAGAUUGUCUUUGUUUACAAAAAGUGACAGGAAACGUAAAGAAUAUAAACAGUCACGAAAGCAUUCUUUAUCAAUAAGUAAAGAGGAAGAAAUUACCACAGAGAUUCCUCUAAGGCCAUGCUCAGUUUUGGAGAUCAGAGAUUAUAUACAAAAUGACAUGCUGAAGGAGGCCUAUGUGAACCUGGUAGCCAUGCGCCUGGAGCUUCAGCGUGAACGGAAACCCCAGGAAGAAGGAGCUUCUCCUGUGAAUCUAGUCAAUAAUGAAAAAGAUAUUAAUAUUCUAUUUGAGACUCUAAGAAACAAAAUAUCUGACAUUGUGCGUUCUAGUUUUCUGCCCUCUUUUAAUAAAGAGCUACUGGAGUAUGCAGCACACAUUAUCCAAAAAGAAAAGGGGAAACAGGGAGAGCCAGGAGCGAUGCAGGGAUGGAGGGAGUCAUGGAGAGAUGCGGUGCAAGAUGGAGUGCGAGAUCCGCUGAAGAAACUUUACCUGGACACCCACAAACAGAAUGAUUUUUCUUUGGAAGUGCAUCUGGAGCUUGUGGGUAAAGCUGUGGUGGAUGAUCUGGAGAGAGUGAAGACUGAACUUCUGAGCUUGUAUCCUCCAGACUUUAAUGUUCUUGAGACAUAUGUUUCCUGCUAUCAUGAGGCUGUAGUAGAGCAUUUAAAGAAACUUCUGGAAAACAUGACAGAGCUGAAGGAUUACAAAGUUCUUCUAGACUUCACCAUUCAGCGCUACCCCAGCUUGUUUAAGGCACACUGUGAUGUGGAAGACAAGGCAGCUCCGAUAAUACAGGAAGACAUGUUAAAUAAAAUAAAGAGCUCUUACUGUCAGUGUCAAAAGGAUGACUUCAAAUCUGAACUGGAGAAUAUUAUCAGAUGUGAAAACGACGUGUGGAAAAUGAAGAAAAUUCCUGAUAAAGCAGAUGAUGGAUUCCUCACUUCAAACAUCCACAUGAAUAUCUGUCAGCUGAUAACGAGCUAUGUCGGGAAUCUUAAGGAGAUCGAUGAGGAUCUGGGAAAAUUAUUCAUACAUGUCUGUUUAGACGAGCUAAAUCCAUUUCUGGAAAGGCUCGAACAAGUCUUUUCACAGAGCACAUGCUUUCUGUUGACCUCUGACCUGCUGGAUAUCUGUCUGUGGAUACAGUAUCACAUCACCUACAUCAACAGUUUUAACUCGCUUAAAGAACAUGUGCAGUGUUACAAAGAGAGCUGUUCUGCUCAGGUGGAGACUCUAAACGAACAAGUGGAUCAAUUGACUCAAAGACUUAGCCAGACCCUCAUUAAACAUUUCCAAACAGACGUCAAGCCUUUCAUGGAUGUAAUGAUGACCAAAAAAUGGCUGAAAACAGAUGAAGAUUUUAAUGAAGUGGUAUCCAGAAUAGACAGUUUCUCUGGGCUCUGCAAAACCAUGAGAGCUCCUGCAGCACAAGUUUUUGCGAAUGAUAUCCACUAUUACGUAGCCAGAGAAUACAUCUCCGAGCUGAUGAAGAAAAAAUAUUCGUGCAAAAAAACCAAAAACGAAGAGGCUGCCAUAAAAAUCAGAGUUCAAUGGAAUAAACUCAAGAAACUGUUUCAGGAAAUGGAAUCAUCUUUAGAUUGGCUUUACCCACUGGGGGAUUACCUUAGCAACAUUAUUAGAAUGGAAAAUGACAAAAAUAUCAAAGAGCUGUUGACUCCGUUAGUUAAUGAUUACCCAGACAUCAGCAAGAAGCAUCUGUUGGCUGUCCUUUACUUCAGAGGCAGUACCUUUGGUGGUUUGAUCUUUGGGAAUGAAAGUGUUCUUAAUCAGUUUACCAUGCUUAAACGGGAAGUUGGGGAUCCACAUCAUGGACACUUCUUCUUUUCUGACAUUGAGUGAGAUUUUGGCCAGUUGCUGCUUCAGGAGAUAUUAGAUUUAAAAUACUAAAGCUCAUAAAGAAGAAGGCAAAAGGCAAUAUUUGGAGUAGGGCUUAAUCAUCUUGGAUUAAUUUUUGCAACUGUUAUACAGUGACCUGAAAAACUCAAUGACAUGUUUUUCUCAAAUGUCUCUCUAAUGCAACCAUUCUGUCAUUGUUUGAAUGUUUGGAAUUGAUAGUAGGAAUGUGAUUGUGUAGCUUCUUAAAGGUUCUUCUGAGAGUUUUACUUUUUGAUAGUGUGUCAUAUGCGUAUGUGGUUAAUGUGAAUUAUACUUUAUUUUUAGCUUUCCUUGAUACAGUGUAACUAUUCAUUUAGCUCAGGUAUACCUAAAUGUGAAUCAGGGAACUACACGAGAUAAACUUACUCCGUUAACUUAAUUUGUUUUUGUGCAAUAAUCCUAAUGAAUUCUAAUAAAAUACAUUGCGUAAUUACAUUACAUACAAGUAGCAAAAUGAACUAAAAGUGAGCAGUUUAUUUUUAUAGCAUGUAUAAUUUAACCAUUAGUAAAAAUGUAGUUGUUCAUGUUAGUUUGCCAUGCAUUAAAAUAAACACAAUUCUAGAUUUUAAUAACAGUGUAGGAAAUGGUGAAUAUAAUAUUAACUAAUAUUAUUGCUGUAAAAGUACUAUUCAUUUUUAUUAGUAAUAUACACGCUAAGAAAUUAUGGGUUAUUUAAACUUAAAUUGGCUAAAAUAUGGACAAACCCAAACAUUGGGUUAAAUUGGGUACUAUAAAUUGAAUUUAUUACACCCAAAAUUGGGUUGAAAUAAUGCAGCAUUUUUUAAAGUGUAGUUAACUUAUGUUUAUAAAAAAUAAAACCUAAUGUAAUGUUUUAGUGUGCAAUGAAUAUUAAUUAAUGUGAUUUCUGAGCAAAAUAACAUUGUCAGUUUACACGUGCAGCCAAAUUGUGUAUGUUUUGGGUGCUAGUGCUUAUACUUGCCAAUAGAGGGAGACAUUAAGCUAUCAACAUGAGAUUUCCUUUUCCAUUGACCAAUCAUGUAGAGAGAGAGAGAGAGAGAGAGAGAGAGAGAGAGAGAGAGAGAGAGAGAGAGAGAGAGAGAGAGAGAGAGAGAGAGAUACUCUUAAUGGACUCUUAUGGCAAGCCGUUUUGACAUUUAUUCAAUAAACCUUUCUAGUAUCUAUUUUCAUGUGCAUAUUUUUUAGA